AUGAAUCAUCUUCUCCGACCACAAUUCGGAAGCUUCUUGAGGAUCCUUCGUUGCAGGUGUUCCUUCGUUCAUUUCUCCAAAACCAUUCCUUCGCCGGAUCCGGCUCAUGACACUCUUAAGCGUCGGAUCGAGCGCGUCCCGGAUUCGACGGCCUCAGUUACCCCUUUGCUCCGGGAAUGGUGCGAACGCGGAAAUCAAGCGGCACAUUCAGAGCUCAGGAGAAUCAUCGCCUCGCUUCACAAAUUCGACCGCAGCUCCCACGCUCUCCAGAUUUCGGAGUGGAUGAGUGACCAAAAAGCUUACAACCUGUCUACGGUAGAUUUCGAGUGGCGGGUUCUCCUGAUUGCGAAAGUUCGUGGUCUUGAAGAAGCGGGCAAGUUCUUGGACACCAUUCCGUUGGAGAAGAGGGGUUUUUACGUGCACAACGCUCUCUUGAACUGCUGCAAGACUCAGAGCUCCCUGAGCGUAGCCGAGACCACGUUUCAGAAGAUGAGAGACCUUGGUUUGGCUUCCAACAAUGCUAAGCCUUACAACACCAUGCUCUGUCUCUACCACCAGGCUGAAAAUCACGAUAUGGUGGUGAAGCUUCUGCGCGAGAUGCACGACAAACAAAUGGAAGCCGAAGGAGUUCCCUUUGGCAAGCUCUUAUCUUCUUUCGCGAUUGCCAACGUCCUAGACAGGGAAGGGAUGGAGAAUUUUUUGAGCAAGUGGGAGAAGAAGAUGGAGCCAUGGGCCACUUACUUUUUCCCCGCAUGCCUCCACUUACAGCUAGGAUCUAGGGAGAAAGGUCUAGCCUUGCUGCGUAUGGCGGAGUCAUUAGUCGAAGAUCGGUGCAGAGAACACAUCUAUGGAUGUCUCAUGACAGCCUAUUGUCACGAGGGUGAAAGAGAAGACGUCUACCGUCUCUUGCGCUUGGCGAAGGAGCACGGGAUCUCUUUUGACAGCGCCAAAUGUUCUGACAUCAUCAAGGCCUUUACAAUGAAAGGCGAUCUCGGCGUGGCUCACGAGGUUUUGGAGGAAUGGGAUAUCGGCGCUGACGAUCUCGGUCUGGCGGAUUUCGGUCACAAAAGGAGAUUCGUCAAGGAGCAGGCAGAGAAGGUUGUUGACAUGCUUGGGAAGAAGGAGAGCAAGUGGGAGAGCUUGACGGAAAAGUUACAGUACUUGGUGCUGGAUGAGGACGAUACACAAGAGGAGGAGAGGAGCAAGAGAGUGGCAGAGGCCAUGAAGGGGAGGCUGCAGGACCGCUGGGACCCAAAGGGAAGCAGCAUGGCUCUGUCCGCUUACGCCUGCGUGCAGUACGUUGAGGGUCGAAGAGACAUGGAGAGUACAGCUGACGUUCUCAGGCUGCUGAGCAAAGAAGAGCAAGUUUCACAUGUGAUGGACAAAGGCCGUUUGAGCCUCAAGAUGCUCGAGGCAAUGAGAGGAGGAGGAUACGUUGGUGGAACCGAAUAG